CGCGCUCACUUCCGCGUCCCGCCGCCCUCCGGCCCGCGCGCGCCCCGCCGCCGCCGCCAUCGGACAAUAGGCCGCCCGCCGCGGCCGCCGUGGACUUCCUGCUCGGCCCGGGCCGGCCGGUGCGCCCCUCUCCGCGCCCCUUUCCGCGCUGGACGGGGAGCCGCGAGCACCCGGCGCUCGGGACGUGCCUGCGCCCCCGGCCGCCGCGCCUGUGCCGCGUCGGGUCCGGCGGCCUCCACCCUCCCCCGCCGAGCCGGCCCCACGCAGCCCCGUCCAGAGGCUGCUCUCGUCGUCCCGUUUCGGACUUUGGUUGCUUACGGAGGGGAUUUGUCUUUUUCUGUUUCUUCUUCCUUUUACGCUUUGCAAAAGAGAAAAGAACGCGCGGCAAGCGGGGCCGGUGAAGCGCCACCAGCUGCCCCCACGUGGACACCUCUGAGGGGAAAGGGAGUUGGAAGCAAACUUGGGCCAGCCGGCCUUGAGGCCUCCACUCCGGCCGGACUCCCAGGCCUGAGGCCAUGACUCUCCGGCUCCGCAGGUGGAAGGCUUUACCUGUCCUGGGCUGGACCUGAGCCCCCGCCCGGCGUCAGCAACCUGCGCACCUCCCCCCCUCCCCCCGCAGCCGCAUACCGGCCACCUGGGCUAGCCUCUGACUCCCGCCUGCGACAUGGACAAGUACGGCGACCUGGGCCUGGAGGCCAGUAAAUUCAUUGAGGACCUGAACAUGUACGAGGCCUCCAAGGACGGACUCUUCCGAGUGGACAAGGGAGCGGGCAACAACCCCGAGUUUGAGGAAACGCGCAGGGUGUUUGCCACCAAGAUGGCCAAGAUCCACCUCCAGCAGCAGCAGCAGCAGCUCCUGCAGGAGGACGCCUUGCCCAGGGGGAGCCGAGCCCCGGCCAACGGCGGGGGCCCCCCCGGCCCACAGGUCCGCCGGGACGCUGGUGUGGGCAGCAAGCUGACCUCGCACGGGGCUGCCAAGCCCCCUCUCGCUGCCUCAACAGCGGGUCCUGGGACAGCCACCACGGUCGCCUCUGGGCAGCCCUCGUACCCACCCCAGGACCAGAGGGCCAGGCCGUACGUCCGUGGCACAAGCCUCGGCAGCCAGGACUGUGGCUCCAAGGAGAGCGUGGCACGCUGGGAGAUGUCUGCCUUCCGCCAGCCGGGCCCCUGCGAGGAUCCUUCCUGCCUCACCCACGGAGACUAUUAUGACAACCUCUCUUUGGGAAGCCCGAAGUGGGCUGAUGAACCGGGAGUGUCCCCCGGCAUCAGGGGGGGCGUAGGCAGUGGGUGGCCUGGCACCCCAGGGAUUGAUGCACCGCUGCCCAACCCCCCCGGGGACCCUUCCCUGUACCAGCCUCAGCUGUCCCCGAGCUCCAGCAAGUCAUCGGAGAGUGGCCAGGAUGGUGGUGGCGGCGGUGGCCGCAGCGGUGAGAAGCCAGCCGGGCUUUGGACUACCGCCUCUUCCCAGCGGGUGAGCCCUGGCCUUUCUCCCCCAGGCCCAGAGAACGGGGCCUUCCUGGGGCCCGCUCAGCCCAGGACCCCUUCUUUCUUAGCACCCCCGGCCCAGAGCUGCCCCAGCCAGGGAGCUCUUCCCAGAACAAACUUGGGGGUGGGGAGCGAGGUUUCAGGCACCAUGCCCAAACCCACGAUGGACCCUCAAGCCUGGUUCCAAGAUGGACCCAAGUCUUACCUUCCUAGUUCUGCCCCAUCAUCCUCAGCAGCCAGCACGGACAGUUUGCCGUCGGGGGCGGCCCCUGGACCCAAGCCCGUCUGCACAGACUCUGGCAUUGGUCCCAAGCUCAGCGCCACCAGCCUUGUCCAUCCAGGGAUGUCCACCCCGCCUGAGUUACCCUGUAAAGAAGGCCCCACUGGCUGGUCAUCGGACGGCAGCCUGGGGCCUGGGCUCCCGGAGAGCCCCAGCUCCCCCAGGGUGAGGCUGCCCUGCCAGACCGUCAUCCCAGGCCCCGAGCUUGGGCCCUCGGCCGCCGAACUGAAGUUAGAAGCCCUCACUCAACGUCUGGAGCGUGAGAUGGGUGCUCACCCAAAGGCCGACUACUUUGGAGCCUGCGUGAAAUGCAGCAAAGGGGUGUUCGGGGCCGGCCAGGCCUGCCAGGCUAUGGGGAACCUCUACCACGAUGCAUGCUUCACCUGCGCGGCCUGCAGCCGGAAGCUGAGAGGAAAAGCCUUUUAUUUCGUCAACGGCAAAGUGUUUUGUGAGGAAGAUUUCCUGUACUCCGGGUUCCAGCAAUCUGCCGACAGGUGUUUUCUGUGUGGCCAUCUGAUCAUGGACAUGAUCCUGCAGGCCCUCGGGAAGUCCUACCACCCCGGCUGCUUCCGCUGCGUCAUCUGCAACGAGUGUUUGGACGGGGUGCCCUUCACCGUGGACUCCGAGAACAAGAUCUACUGUGUCCGAGACUACCACAAGGUGCUGGCCCCCAAGUGCGCAGCCUGUGGGCUUCCCAUCCUUCCACCUGAGGGCUCAGAUGAGACCAUCCGUGUCGUAUCCAUGGACAGAGACUUCCACGUGGAGUGUUACCACUGCGAGGACUGCGGCCUGGAGCUCAACGACGAAGACGGCCACCGCUGCUACCCCCUGGAAGACCACCUCUUCUGUCACUCCUGCCACGUCAAGAGACUGGAGAAGAGCCCCUCCCCUGCAGCUCUCCACCAGCACCGCUUCUAGCCAGAGCCUCUUCCCGACCUCGCGGUGGCCUCGGGAAGCCAGCGUUGCAAAGCCAGACGUCUGCCUGCUAAUUCCGGUGGCCCCCGGCGUGGGAGGGCAGGGUGGGGACAGGCAGGUAAGUUCCUGCCGAUGCGCGGGGCGCCUCUCCUUCAGCCGGGGAGGUGAGCCCUCCCUGCCCGGUAGGUGCCACUUUCCCAGUGCCUUUCUCCGCCGCCCCGCCCUCACCGGCUUACUCAGGAAGACACUCUAGCAGGUGUUCGGUGCGUGACACCCCGAGGACCCUCCCGCCCCUCUGGGAACAGUCCGUGCCUUAGAGGGAAAAGCUUGCACUGAGCGAACUUCACAGCAUCCUCUGGGGAUCACUCUGCUGCCAGUCCAUUCGGCCCCUUCCGUGGCCCGUUCAGAAAACACCCGCCCAGCAACAGCCCCCGCUCCCCACGUCCAUGCACACAACGUGACUGCAGCCUGCACCCCAACACGCACACACACGGCAUUAUUUAAGACUUCUUCCUGCCCCAGAGACUCCGCUCUUCUGUCGAGUGGCUGCAUAUUUUAAUUGCGUUGUGGCAAGAGGGAACCGUGACCCAUGCUCCGUGCCCGAGGGAGAAUUCCCUUGGGAAACCGGAGCCGAGUUUCGGACCAAGCGAGCCGGCCUCGCCUCCCCGGACGCCGACAGAGUUUUGGGUCUUCCUGCAACCCUCCCUCGCUGCCAGGCAGCUGGGAGCCCAGGCGGACGUUUGUCCCGAUCGACAGCAGAGCGUGUCUGGGACGAGAACGCAGGGCGGGCGCCUGGCGUCCUUUGUCUUCCUGUUUGCACUGUCUUUCUCUGGAGCUCUCGAGAGUCUGGGACUUUGGAGUCGCUCCCGCAGAGGCAAGUCUCAGGAUCCCACGUGGGGACAGCUCUGCCUGUCGCAACGCAUUUCACAGGGGGUUCGGGGAAGUCUUGCCCACGUGCUGAGAGCCGGCCCCUCGUACACGCGGAGACUGUGUGUGUGUGUGUGUGUGGCAUCUCUAGCCAGCACGAGACGGAGUGCCACAGGAACACUCACCAUAUUCGUUCUCCACGGGCAUGGGCCGCAAAGAAACCCGCAGAAGGUCCACCGCUUCGGUCUGUUUCUUUUCUUGUUUUUCAUAGUUUUUCUUCCGCUUUCAAUCUUCCACAUGCACGAAAUACCUCACAGAUCAGGGCUUCGCCAAACUGCAGGAGGAGGGACUCGGCCGUCCCUCCGGGCUCGGUGAUGCCUUCGUGGGUGCGGGAGGCAUCUCCGGUCAGGGCGCUGCGGUCUUAGCUGAAGGUCGGCUGAGGGUGGAUCCGGCCGCACGGGGGCGCUACUGCCUGCUGCGUUUCAUCAAGCCGGUGCCCCCGGUGGCCAGGGCGGAGCGAGGGCCGCAGCGCGCAGGACUUCAAGGCCGCCUCUGCGCUGCGGAAGCACGGAAGCACGGUUGGUGGCCCUGCGGGUCACCCUCCUGAGGCGGACGUCAGUCUGCCUGGUGUUGCAAUGAGAAGAUGGUGUAAAAGACUUAGAAAAGAAGGUUGCCUGCCGUUUGCCCCCUCAGCCCGUGGGGAGGGGUGUGGCUGCGGGAGGGCGGCGGUCGUGCCUCUGCUGCCAGCCGGUCUGGGAGCAUUGCCCUGGCAUCCGCUCGCCGCCACCUCCCCCUCCCCCCCUCCCGGCCUCGCACCCAGGGCGUCAGGGGCCACGGAGAGUGGUCACUGGAGCCCGAGGCCCAUGAGACUCGUGGACUUUUCAGCGGGCACAGCUCCCCUUCUACGCAGUGUUUUGACUCUUUUCGGUCGCAGUUGCUGCAAGAGGCACAGAAUUGGCACCGUUGAGUUGCCUCCGAGUUCUGUUCAAUUCUUCCUGCUAGAGUCCUUUGGUCAGAUGUCGCUUGGGCCCAGGCUGCGAGCUCUUAUCGAUCCCAGGCCACAGGCAGAGGCUCCAGACGGCCUGGGGGAGCGAACCCUGGCGCCAAAACCCUCAUGUCUCAUAGAAUCGCCAGCCCGGCUCUGGCAAGGCUGGUGGGCACAUGAAGCCAGCCGACGUCUCUUAACUUUGCCAAAACCUCUCCGGCCUUCACACACCUGUGCUCUGUAUGCAAGUGGAGCAAACGGUGGAGAAAACUGUCAGAAGCAGGGAUUUGUUUGUAAAGUGGGUAACUAAUGACUUAAAAAAAAAGCCUUGGGAUUAAUUUUUUAAACGCAACGUUUUAAGUGGCCUUGAUGGACGUGAUUGAGACAUCUGCAAACGUGGUGUUUUAUACUGUUAAGGAAGAACAGUAAGAGAAUUUCCAGGCACCCUAGAAGGCCAAGCAGCAAGUUCUCUUGGUCCAGGGCCCUGGAGAGGGCACCGGUGGGAAUCUUGCACCAGCUCCGUUUCUCGGGCUCUUGUGCUAAAUCGUGAAGAGAUGUUCGCCUACGUGGUUAUGUUAAACAUUCUGUAAGCUGUUAGCCAAACAGAAUUGUAAUGGGGUUGAAUUUAUAGGCACCUAGAAAGAAGAUACAAGCACCUGGUAGACCAGGAUGAACACAUUUAUUUUAAAAG